UGGAGAGUUGAUAAAACCGCAUCCAGUCCCAUUUCUCUCUGCAGGGUGGAGCUCUGACCCCAGCAUUGCCAACAUCUACGGAAAAUAACGGAAAAGGCCGAACCCAACCCCGGAAGCUCGUGGCCGUCCGUCACUGGCUACUGUCAGCCCGUUGUUGCAAUGAUGGAUUUCCUCUGCCGAGGAGCAGCAGAGUCCUUGAGUUUUAAAUCAAAACGCUGUAAAAUGGAACGAGAAGGGCGCGAAAACGUGUAAUAUUCGUAUUACAAAGGGAAAAAUGCAGUCUUCAAACCAUCGACUACGGGACAUGGAGCAGCACCACCCGCUGCUUUCGGGGGGCACAGACGUCGAGGCGGGUAGCCUGGCAGCCGGUGUGAUGGUUGGGGGUCCGCACUCGGGUCACGGCGCGGGGAACCGCACGAUGUGGUUCAUUCAGGACAGCUGCGGGAUGGUGUGCGCCACCAUGACCUGGUUCCUGGUUCUUUAUGCUGAGUUCGUGGUGAACUUUGUCAUGCUUCUGCCCUCCAAGAACUUCUGGUACUCUCUGCUGAACGGAGCUGUCUUCAACUCUUUGGCUGUACUGGCUCUAGCCUCACACCUUCGCACGAUGCUCACAGACCCGGGUGCAGUUCCCAAGGGCAAUGCAACCAAGGAGUACAUGGAAAGCUUACAGCUGAAGCCAGGCGAGGUCAUCUACAAGUGUCCAAAGUGCUGCAGCAUCAAACCAGAGAGGGCCCAUCACUGCAGUAUUUGUAAGCGGUGUAUCCGGAAGAUGGAUCAUCAUUGUCCCUGGGUCAAUAACUGUGUGGGAGAAAAAAAUCAGAGAUUCUUUGUUCUCUUUACUAUGUACAUAGCUUUGAUAUCUGCACACGCCCUGGGCCUCAGUGGCAUGCACUUCUUCACAUGUAUUAAAGUGCAGUGGAAUGAGUGCAGUGAUUUUUCUCCCGGGGUGUCUGUGCUGCUGCUGAUUUUUCUCUGCCUCGAAGCCAUCCUCUUCCUCACUUUCACGGCUGUAAUGUUCGGCACACAGAUCCACUCCAUUUGUAACGACGAAACGGAAAUUGAACGUCUUAAAAACGAGAAGCCGACGUGGGAACGCCGCACCAGAUGGGAUGGAAUGAAAACAGUUUUCGGGGGUCCGCCCUCUCUGCUGUGGUGCAAUCCAUUCACAGGUCUACGUCUGCGCCGGCUUCUGCUGAGCCACGGGCGUCGCAGCGGGUCGGAGUUCUCCGUCUGACAGGAUGGGGUCGGGGAGGGGUUACACCACCAACAGUUGCUACGGUUUCCAGCAGAACUUCUAACAUGCCCUCUGUGGCCGUGACUGAGAUGGACCUCUUCUCCCUGAGGCUGUCCUUCAUGUCUGGAUGACAGGCUGCUAUGAUGCAUCACAGUCACCACUCAGAUUCCCUUCUGCAUUGCUGGGGUCGUGGAAAAGCAUUUUUAAACACUGGAGGAUCUUUUUUUUAUUUUUAAAUCAGCAUCAUUUGGAUUUGUGUGUAUGUUUGUCAGUAGAUGAUCUAAUGGGUUUUUCUCCCCACUUUUAUUGGAACUCGAUCCUUGCACCUUUUGUUGGCAGUUUGAAGGGUUUAUCUUCUGUGCUGCACAAAAACGGUUGUUUAGUUUUUUUUUUUUUUUAGCUUCAUGUCUUCAAUCGCUUCUGGACCCUAAAAAGAUCACCAAACUCUUCUAUUGGACCCAGGGAAGGGAACAACAUACACUACUUAAGAGAACACUUGAGUGGAAUCAUGUGGAGCAUAGUGGACAUCAGAGGCUGAGCUGAGACGCUUGAAUUUGCAUGUACAAAAGCUCAAUCAGUUGGCAUCUCAACCUGAAAGUGGGGCUUUCAUCAAACAACAAAUGAUUGAACGCGCUACGAGCAAGAGCCUUAUUCUUAUUCAAACAGACUGAAUGGACUUUACGCUUUUAGUGUGCAUCUUUCUUUUUUUUUUUUUGCAUCAAUAACCAAAAAUGUUGAAUUUUUGGACUAUGAUCUGUUUUUUCCUCCUUACUUUUAAAAAUACUAAUCUUCAGUUGCCAGAUGACUAUUGGGGGACAACUGCAGUUUAUUCUUAUCUUCCUUUGAGUCAAAAAACAGUUUUGUAUCAAAUAUGUUUUUCCAUUUUACCGCUUCUACAUGCUGCUCAAAACCACCGACUGCCAGAACACUGUAAUAAUUCAGGAUAUCUCUUCCUUUAUAUAAAAUACUUACCAAGGGUAUCAGAACAUUUGAUGGAAACCCUUCAGGAUAAAACUUCACUAAGGCGGAGCUCAGUAUUAUAUGUGGUAGAUGUGCAUGCUGCUUGGCGACUGUGUGGUACGACAUUUAAAAAAAAAAACUUUCGUUAGGCUUUCUUUAUUCUUCUAGAAAGUCAUACAUUCAGAAAGAAAGUACUAAGAUGGAAAUGAGUAUUUUGGAGCGCAGAAGGUGGCUUUUCUUACUUUACAGUUUAUAGGAAUGAAGCCCUAAAUUAUCUGGCCGUAAGGAAGGAAAAAUCUAUUUAUCCAAGCACUUGCAUUGCCUUCAAACUCAUGCAGUCAAAAGAAUUUGCUUGAAAUAUUUACAUAAAAACAGAUUUUUGGGAUUUAAAGAGCAACUGUUGAAUCACGCUGCUUCCAUCAAAUCUCGUGUUUUUUACUUUUUUUGGAUGGUCUACUGGUGUUUCAUUUCUUUGACUGUCAGAGGAAAAAAAAUAUUACACUGAGAAUACCAGAUGCUUAAAGACUAGUGUUUUCAGGUAAUGAACAGCAAUUAGAAUGUAAAACCAGUAUAUUAUAGGAUUAGUGGUCAGUGCAUUCAGCACUAACUGAUAUCAGGGGAUUUUAUUUAUUUUUAACGCUGGUCAAAUUUUUUUUUUUUUGCUGGAUGUUUUCAGAAUAUCUCUUUAGAGUUUAAACAUCUAUAUUUAAUGCUGUUUGUUCUAAAUCUCACAAUGGAAUAGAGGCGAAUCAUUCAGAAAUAAACCAUCCUUGAGUUAAAUAUUUUCAUAUUAACUCAAAAAGCAAUGUCACAAUCAUGUAGGUUGCUAACUUUAUCCACUGUUGUCAAAAUAAAUGAAAACUUUUACUAGAAGUCAAAUCCAUACAUGUGAUUAGAGGCUAGUCUGCAAAAACAAAAGUUUUGAAUGAAAGAGAAUUGAUGCGUUUUUUGUGCUGAUUUGCUAUCAUUGUUGUUUUGUUUACAAGUAUAUGAUCAAAGAGUAUUUUUUUUUCUUAAUCUUACUCCAAUGCUGUCAGUGUCAUAAGUUUGGGAUCUUUUUGAUAAAUCUAUCAUUUAACACACUUUA